AUGGGCUCGGCGACGCGCGCGUGGGGGGAUGAGACGUGCGACGCGGCGACGAAUUGGUGCGCGCGCGCGACGACGGAUCGCGUCUUCUUCGACGUCGAUAUCGGGGACGCCCGCGCGGGACGGAUCGUUUUAGGGUUGUUCGGUGACGACGCCCCGCGCACGGUGGCGAAUUUCAAGGCUUUGGCGACGGGGGAGAAGGGAUACGGGUACGAAGGGUCGAUUUUUCAUCGCGUCAUUCCAAACUUCAUGCUCCAGGGCGGUGACUUUGAACGGGGCGACGGCCGCGGGGGACGAUCGAUUUACGGUGGGAAGUUUGCCGAUGAAACGUUCGCGAUUCCGCACGCGGGACCGGGGACGCUGUCGAUGGCGAACGCGGGGCCGAACACGAACGGGUCGCAAUUCUUCAUCACGACGGCGGCGACGCCGUGGUUAAACGGCAAGCACGUCGUCUUCGGACACGUUCUCGAGGGCAUGGACGUCGUGCGCGCGAUCGAAUCCAACCCCACCGCGCGCGGCGAUCGACCGGUGGCGCCGGUCAAGAUCGUCGCCUCGGGCGUCCUCUGA